GGAAGUGAGGCGCCGAGCGGAACGGCCUCUGGUGACAUUUUCUCCGGGCGGCGCGGACGAGUGAAGGGACUUGGUGGAGGCUGUGGAGGUGGCGAGAUUCGUUUUAGCCCCGGCGGGGCUCGGACCGCGACCCUCUGCUCGCCGCCGGGGCCUGUGCUGAGGAGGAAGAGGCGGCGGCGGCCGUCGCGGCCCGAGUCACCGCGGCCGGGGGGUCGGUGCGUGCCCCGACGGGGCGCGCGGAGCGGGCGAGGAGGUGCAGGGCUGCCCCGGAGCGCAGGUUGCUUUCCUGUUGCAUCUUUGACCUAGUUUCCUAGACUCUGCUCCAUGAUUUAACUUGAAAGUCUGAAAUGAAGAUGGAGGAGGCAGUGGGAAAAGUCGAAGAACUCAUUGAGUCUGAAGUCCCACCAAAAGCAUCCGAACAAGACACAGCUAAGGAGGAAGAUGGAUCUGUAGAACUGGAAUCUCAAGUUCAGAAAGAUGGGGUAGUGGAUUCUACAGUUCUUUCUUCAAUGCCCUGCUUAUUGAUGGAACUGAGAAGGGACUCUUCUGAGUCUCAGUUGGCAUCCACAGAGAGUGACAAGCCGACAACUGGCCGAGUUUAUGAGAGUGACUCCUCUAAUCACUGCAUGCUUUCCCCUUCCUCUAGUGGUCACCUGGCUGACUCAGACACGUUGUCUUCUGCAGAAGAGAAUGAACCCUCCCAGGCAGAAACAGCGGUGGAAGGAGACCCUUCUGGGGUGUCUGGUGCCACAGUCGGGCGCAAAUCUCGGCGGUCCCGAUCUGAAAGUGAAACAUCUACUAUGGCCGCCAAGAAAAACCGGCAAUCCAGUGAUAAACAGAAUGGCCGAGUCGCCAAGGUUAAAGGUCAUCGGAGCCAAAAGCACAAGGAGAGAAUCAGGCUACUGAGACAGAAAAGGGAGGCUGCUGCACGGAAGAAGUAUAACCUAUUGCAGGACAGUAGUACCAGUGAUAGUGACCUGACUUGUGACUCAAGCACGAGCUCAUCAGAUGAUGAUGAAGAAGUUUCAGGGAGCAGCAAGACAAUCACUGCAGAGAUACCAGAUGGACCUCCAGUUGUAGCUCAUUAUGAUAUGUCUGACACCAGCUCUGACCCAGAAGUGGUAAAUGUGGACAAUUUAUUGGCGGCUGCAGUAGUUCAAGAGCACAGUAAUUCUGUAGGAGGCCAGGACACAGGAGCUACCUGGAGGACCAGCGGGCUUCUAGAGGAGCUGAAUGCGGAGGCAGGUCAUUUGGAUCCAGGAUUCCUAGCAAGUGACAAGACAUCGACUGGCAAUGCGCCUCUCAAUGAAGAAAUUAAUAUUGCCUCUUCAGAUAGUGAAGUGGAGAUUGUGGGAGUUCAGGAACAUGCAAGGUGUGUUCAUCCUCGGGGAGGUGUGAUUCAGAGUGUUUCUUCAUGGAAGCAUGGCUCAGGCACGCAGUAUGUCAGCUCCCGGCAAACACAGUCAUGGACUGCCGUGACUCCCCAGCAGACUUGGGCUUCACCUGCGGAAGUUGUUGAUCUUACCUUGGAUGAGGAUAGCAGACGUAAAUACCUACUGUAAUACAAUGUCACUGUGUUUCCUCUGCACUGUUCCCUCCCACUUCCUCCUCCUCUUUGUGACAUGGAAGUUCAUUGUCAUAGCUUCAGCCUCAGAAGCUGUUUGUGGCAUUUGUAUAAUCGAAACUCAUGGAAAAUUGCCCCCCCUUUCUUUUUUCUUUUUUUUUUUUUAAUUAAAAGAAGUCACUUAGGAAAAUAACUUAGCACAGAGAAAAGAAUUUCUUCCUUCCCUCAGUAGGAAUAUGAGAAUGAUGAAUUUAUUAGACAACUUCAUUUUACUUGGUGACUUUCAAUCUUAGGAAAUUCUGCCUUCCUUUUAGAAUAAUAUUUUAAUUACCAGGUGAAAUGGAUUUCAGUUUUGGAAUCUUGUAUUUAUUUUUCUGUGUAAUAAAAUUAAUAUCUAGACUUGACCACUGUCAGCCCACCCAUUGGCACUCCUACCUUAGGGCAUUUGCACACAUUUAGUUAGGUCCUUAUUGGCACCUAGUAGGGCAUGUGCAUUUGAAAACUUGUCCUUAAAAAUAGAAGACAGAAGUAUUACUUUUCUUCUAGCUUAAGUCUUCUGCCUUCUUUCCUGAUUUUGCUCCUGGCUGACUUCCCACAACACAAAUAAUUGAUAUGGCCCUUUGUGUUUAUAAAUACUGCUAAGGUGACUUAGUUGGUUUCCUUUUUGCAAUAAUUCAUAACUGUUUGGAAAAUGUCUGCUUUGGGGGCAGAGGCAUUUCGAAUAGAUACCCACCAUGAGGUUUUUUGGGUAUGUGAGGAAAGUAUUGGGAGGGCAGUGGGAAAAUCUCUCUCCCUCAACUUUUUCCCCCUGGUUUGUUCAAAUAACAGGAGAACACAGAAACCUGUUGCUUAGGUAGAAUAUGAAAAGUUGUGUUCACCUCUAAGACUGUGGGCACUUAGAAGUCUGAGAAGACAGUGCCUUCUUUCAUAGCUGGUCUCUCCAUAAAAGAUAUACAACAACUGUUUAACACUUAUGCUGAAAUAGACCUGAUGCUGUAUUUGGGUAUUUUUCUCCUCUACCAUCUAAAAGUGGAAAAGUCAAAAUGCACUAUAAGAAACCAGAUGCAAAGCACAUAAAUGACACUGUAGGUUUUACAGUCUCUAAAUAAGCAAAGAGUAGUAGGAGCUUCAGGGAAUUCAGGAAAUGCCAGUGUUGGAGUUUUGUGGCAUUAGUUACUACCUUUUUUCCUAUAACAUGUUGUAGUUACUAGUGAAUUCUUUUACAAGCAAUACCUAGUUAGAACACUAUGUACUGUGCACAGGGAGGAGUGAAGUACUAUUGGCUUAGAAGACCUCAUCUUUUGUUUUUCCAUGGUUCUUGUUUGCUUUUUUUUGUUUCCAUAUCUGCUGUGACAUUGCUGUAGCCCUUUGCUUCCCUACCCAAAUGCCUUGGUGGCUUUUCCUUAUCAUCAGAGCAUGAGAACUACCAUUUUCAGUUGUCAUUCAGUGGACACACAUAUACCAAGUGCCUCUUCUGCUAUGGCACUGUGCAAGGUAGGUGCAGCAGGGCCACCAAGGCAAACGGGACACCCCUGCGUGCGCAUGCAUCAGAGUCUGCCUGGCUCCACCUGCCUGGCCUUCUCUUCUGUUGUGUUUUUUUUUUUGUAUAGACUCAUUUAGUCCUCUACGCUUUUUCCUGCUGCUUUAGUUCUUCCAUAUACCUCUUCCAUGGGAGUGGAUGUAAGCAUGUGUUCUUUGAUCUUCUCUGGUAGCAUCUCAUUUGAUCUGGCCUCUGUUCUUCAUCAACUUUUUAUUUUCCCGUCAAUCUCCUUUUAGUAGAUCAGGCUUUUAAAAGAUCAUGAACCUCCAGUUUUAGCACCUCAUAUCGGAUCUCUCACGUGGCCACAAUUAUAGACAAAAACCAAAGAUCCAGAGGCCAGAGCGAACUAGGACCUUCUGCAGAUUCACUACUGGUGUAUCCUUGGACCUUCAUAUUUUACUUUAGGAUUAAUUUAUUGAAUUUUACUGUUACAUGUUGUUUUUGACUUGAAUUAAAAUGCUAGACAAAGCAGAAAUGUACAAUUUCUGGUCUGUGUUUUCCAGGAAAAUCAUUGGGAAAAGAAUAGAGUGGAUUAUAUGACUUGAAGUUUUUGCAGCUUAUUUUUUCCCCAGCAUCAGGGCAGAGCCCCAUUUUAAAGAAUGUUUUUGCAUUACCCAUUCUUAUGUUAAUAGUGUGCUUUGUCCAAUUCCACACAGCAGGUGAUUUCCCGUGACACACUUUCUUUAGCCCCUAAUAGUCCUCCUCUAAAGAGAAUUCUUCCGGUGUGCUUUGUGCACCGUGGAUUGAGAGCAGAGAGCAGAGUCAUAACCGAGCUCUUCUGUGGCCUUUUGCUUUUACACCAGGUUGCACUUUCCCUGCACCUGCCCCUGUUUCAGCAUCCUACCUGACUUGAUGCACCAGAACAGGAAUUUAGAAGUUAAUAUGCAAAAGCGGGAGAGGACAGGAUGGUAGAGACCAUCAGCUGUUUUCCCCUACAGGGUUGGGAUUUUUUCCACCUACUAACUAUAGAGGGACUGUGUUUCAACUCUUCUUUCAUUGCCAGACCCAAGAAGAGUGGGGGUGUGGUUUCUGGCAAGGUUAUCUUACUAUAAAAUUCUGUGGGAAAUGACUCCUGUGACAUUUGAAAUUUCUUUUAAAGGGAUUGUUGUUAACCAAAGUGUUGCAUUUGGUAGCAUAAAUACUUCUUUAUGCUUCACAGAACAUUGUUCAAAGUAAUAGCCCUGCUAAUGUGGUGUACUUGGGUCACAGAUUGGAUUCUGGCACUAAUUCACUUAAGUCUCUCCCUCCCCUCCAGUUUGAAACCAUAGAGCAGUAACUAGCUAUCGCGUCAUCGUGGCUGCCGUAGAACAUAUACGUGCUGCUCACCAGUAGCUGUCUUUUCAUUCUGACGGAAGGGGCCAGACUGAAUGGACUCCAGUAUUUGUUACAAUUGAGCAUCGCAUAAACUCUGCUUUUAUUAUUAUUAAUUGUGAAUAGCAACCGUCUGAUUUGCUGUUAGCGAGUUGUUCACUGUUACUUUUAGCAGAUUAGCACCAUAGGUAACUUAAAAAUGAAUUUGUUGCCUGCUUUUUAUACUGUGUCACAAGGUUUUUGAAAGAGCUGGGGACACAAUUUUGUCUUUUAGUUUAAACUUUUUUUUUUAAAUGCAAGGAGCCCCUAAUCUCUGUUUUCCAGUAUGUGUAUGAUGUGACUUCCAUGUAUAUAUAUAAAGAUGAUUGCGCCCUAACCAAACUUCCUCAGAUUGUGCACUGUUUGUUUAAAAUAAUCACGUAUUUUAGUCCAAUGCUGUUGUAUUUUUCAUUUUAUUUAAAACACUACAUACUUCUUAUUCUUUUAACAAAUUUUAAAGAGUAGUGAUCUUAAAAGAAAAAUCACUGGAUAACUAGGAAAUAUUUUUGUUGUUGUUUUGUUUUGUUUUGUUUUUUAAAGAGCACAAGGUCAUAUGAAGCCUUUUGUUCCUCUUACCAUGAAAAUGAAAUGUUAGCCAUUGUAUGGCUAGGAACCAAUGCACUUGGUGGUUAACAGAUCUGCUGUUGCUGGAGUGUGAGCGUGGACUUGAUGCAGUGACGACAAAUCAUUGCUUAGAAUUAAUGUUUUAAAAUGUGCAACUCUAGUUUUUAAAACAAAAUUUGGUUCUUCUUUUACAUUCAUUAUUUAGUUUUUGUUUCCAUUUAGUAUUUAAUGGUCUUUGGAGAAAAAAAUAAUAAAACAGAGUGUUAUAUAUAUAUUUUUUGGUGCAAGAUAAGAUUUUCUGUUUUUUGAAAUAAGUCUGUAGCAUAAAGGUUAAACUAUUUUAAGACAAAAUAAAAUAGAGUGUAUUUAAACAAUGAUAA